AGAUCAUUGGUGCCUUUAACUAUGCGCCAGUGAAACGCAGCGUGACACACACGUAUUAUGACUUUUGUAUACUGGACAUUAAAAGUUGAUAAGCUUAAAUAAUGGGUGCGGUUAGUGCGCUUUUUAAAUGAAAACUACAUAAGAUGUGACAUCAAUCGUUUUAUUCGAGAAGUACCGCCUCUCCCAGCGGGAGUCUACGUAUUUUUGUCUUUUACUACAGACUUGGAUUUGAAUGAGCGUGAAUAAAUCUGUUAAAGCACAUUUAGGUGCAAAAAUGACUAACGGUGACAUUAAUUUACUCUACGCAGAAGUGGACAGACUUUUACAUGAUAUAUGCAAAUUCCUGCACGACGAAAUUCGAGAUGGAUAUAUAUCUCCGAAUGGAAAAAACUUGGCAAAUAGUCUAAUCGACAGAUCAAAAAAACAACUUCAGACGAUCUCGAUGACGGUGAGUCUAGACACCAAUGAGUCGUACGUGGACAUGCAGGCAUACAAAGUAAAUCAGCGGCUUGAUUAUCCUGAAUUGGAAGUGUAUUCAGAUGUGUCAACUUAUGAACCAACUUCGGGUUUAUCCAUCGCCGGAGAGGAUCAAAUUAUCUGCCCAUACUCCAAUCUGCCGGCAAGCGAAAUCAGGGAGGGUAAAAUGGGCCAUUUAUAUAAGAAGGAAAAAAUUUUGUUCUUCGAACAGCACAAAAAAGUGUUCGCCGCUAUUUAUCAUGCUUGGUUUUUAAUUUAUGCAAACGAAAACGCCUUGAAACCAUGUCAAACGUUCGAUUUAUCGCGUUAUGAAGUGAAACCUUCAUCCGCUCAAUCAAAAGAUAUAAAAAGGCGAGAUGAGAGCUUCGAUUUAAUGUGCAUUUCGGAUUCCAAAUUGCACCAGUUCACAGCUUCCACUCCGAAAGAUAUGCAACAGUGGCUAUCAACACUCAAGCUACAAAUAGAUAUGAUUGUCACAAAAAGAAGCCUUCCUCCGAUACCGGCCAACAAAGUACAAGAAGAUUUCUUUAGGAUUUCAGCGGAAUUAGAAGGCGAUCACUAUGAACCAUUAAAAAACUACAUGAUAAAAGAGAAGGACGAGCACCACUCAGCAGAGAGCUUAGAGGUGAAGGGGGACACGUUACCGCUGCCUCCGCGUAAUCCCAACAAGAACAUUCCUAAACCUUAUUUACCGCCCGCAUCGUCCGAAGAUUCCUUAAGUAGUAACUACGAUUCUGUUACACCUGGAUUUAUAAAUCCGUCGAGAGAAUCGUCAAAUUCGUUUUCAGAGGAUGACAGCGAUACUCAUUAUGACGAUCCCUCAGAGAUAACCCAUCGUCCCACACCAAUAAAUCCAAACGACAGAAUUCAAGCAGAUGACGAUGAAGAUGAUAUAUACGAUUGUCUAUCCGCCUUUCAGGAGAGCAAAGCGCCUAUUAAUCAACAUCAUAAAAAUGAAAUUCAAGUACCUUCACCACCUUCGAAAGUUCAAAGUAAACCUGUGCCGUCCUUAAAACCUAAACUUAUCCUCAGCUUUCGGCAGAGAAAAAAAAGCGAAGUAUGAAGAUGUAAUAUACCCGUGAUAUGCUAAGUAUUGAGAUUGAGUAUUUAUAAAUGUAUGUAAUUAUCUAAGUACACAUUGCUGGAGAAAUAUCCCUUACAUACCUACAUUAUAAUAUAUGGAUAACUGCCAUGAUCAGUGCUCUCAUUUGAAAUCUUCAAGACAAGAUCAGAAUUAUAUUUAAAAGACUCCUAAGUUGACUUAAAACUGGGGUGGAACAGCUGUAAAAAUGUAAUGACCAUAGUUGGUCACUAACACAUUUUUGUUUCUUUAUUUGAUAUUUUUUAGAGGAUCGGCAGUCCAACCUAAUGCACAUAAAUGUAAUCUCACAUAACAAUUGGUCUAUUUGAGGACUGUAACUUUUGUUGUACUUUAUAUAUUUUUGUGCCCUUGUUUGAUUUUGUUACAUGCACAUAGAAGUAUAGUUCCUCCCCGUUUGAAAAAUUAUAAUUUUUUUAUGGACUCACUUUUGCAUCUAUUGUGACUACUAUAAUAUUUGUCAAUACUUUUGUUACCCUGUGUUAUAUUGUGCUUGUAUGAUCUUGUCUUUCAAACGCACAUAACAAAAUUGCCCUUCUCCGUUUCAAUAAUGACAAUUCAUUUUUACAUUACAAAUCCAUUUAUUUUGAGGGAUGUAAUUUUCCUUGUUUGAUUUUGUUUACAGGAUCCAUACGCCUCUCUUUGAGCGCAUACAAUAGUGCAGUAGUCCUUUUCUGUGUCAAGAAUAUGUUUUUUAUGACUUAUAUAAAGAUUCUUAUAUUGUGA